CUGAAAAACUCCUAUAUGUCGCAUCAUCCACUUGUCAAAGGAGGACAUCGUCUCACCGCAACUUGAGCCAUUUGACGGACAUUUUGGGAUUUUAAGCGGUAGCUGACUUCGCAACAGUGUGUGACGAUGUCCGGAGAAAUUUCUAUGAUUGGUUCGGUGAUCCUGGCCCUGUUUCUAGCCGGCUACCUGGGCCAACAGUACCUCCCACCCCCCAAACCGAAGGUCAUCGGCCUGGAUUUGGGCACCACCUUCUGCUCUGUUGGCGUCUUCCACCCGGGCACCGGGGAGGUUGAGGUGAUGGCGGAUGAAGAGGGGAGGAAGAGCAUCCCCAGCGCCGUCUCAUUCACCACCACAGCUGUCUUGGCUGGACAUGAAGCCGUGGACCUGGCUGACAGCAACCCUCAAAGCACCAUCUACGAUGCUAAGAGGUUUAUCGGGAAGAUAUUUGAGCCGGAAGUCCUGGAGCAGGAGAGUGCUCGGUACCCGUUCAAGGUGAUUAACAAUAAUGGAAGUGCAGAGUUUCUGAUCUCCACCAACCAUUCCUUCACUGUAAGCCCGGAGUUCAUCGGCUCCAGGCUGCUGCUCAAGAUGAGGAGGAUGGCCGAGCGACAGCUUGGCGUGCUCAUCGAGAAGGCUGUCAUAUCUGUGCCCGCAGAGUUUGACGAAAGACAGAGGAACUACACUGUCAGGGCUGCUAACCUCGCUGGUCUGGAGAUCCUGCGUGUGAUCAACGAGCCCACAGCUGCAGCCAUGGCCUACGGCCUGCACAAGGUGGAUGUGUUCAAUGUGCUGGUGGUCGACCUCGGGGGUGGAACUCUGGAUGUUUCCCUGCUCAACAAACAGGGAGGCAUGUUCCUCACCAGAGCCAUGGCAGGGAAUAACAAGCUGGGAGGUCAAGAUUUCAGCCAGAGGUUGCUCCAGUACACCACCGAGAGAGUCCGACAGGAGUUUGGUGUCCCACCCACUCUCAAAGAGGACAUCCAUCAUCUCCGACAGGCUGUGGAAGCUGCCAAGCUCAACCUUACCCUUCAACCCAGCGUCACCAUCAGGGUGCCCCUGCACCUUCACACCCAUGACAGCUCUGAGUCACCUGAAGGCUCAACUCCGGUUCUUUUCCAGGCCACAAUCACUCGCGAGCUGUUUGAGGAGCUCAACGAGGACCUUUUCCAAAAAAUCCUGGCUCCUGUUGAGACCGUGUUAAGUGAGGGCCACCUGGAGAAGGAAGAGGUGGAUGAGAUUGUUCUGGUUGGAGGGUCCACCAGGAUACCGCGGAUCAGGAGGCUGAUCAGCGAGUACUUUGGGAAGGAACCCAACACGUCAGUAGACCCUGACUUGGCUGUGGUUACCGGCGUGGCCAUUCAGGCCGGCAUCAUGGGCGGCUCCUGGCCUUUACAAGUGAGCGCCAUAGAAAUCCCCAACAGACACCUGCGCAAGACGAACUUCAGCUAAUCUUCAUUAUUAUUAUUAUUAUUAUUUAUUGAGAUCAAAGGAAUGCCUCAGAGACUUGCCACUCAUCCCAACUUGUUGAUGCUUCUUUUACGUGCAUAGUUAUAAAUCUGCUGAAGUGAGAAAAAUGACCUACAAAAGACACUGUCGCCUGAAUGAAGACAUAGUACUCAGGUUUUUCAACUCAUCUUCUGCUUCCUUGUUUGUGAAAGGCGGUGGUAGCAGAACAGUAUGUGCUUUUUACAUACAUUGCAACAUUCCUCCUCGACAGAAAUUAACUGAUAACAUCUGCAGAAGUAUAUGCCCUGUUAAAAUUUUUAAAGCGAUAGCUUCUUUUGUUGCACACGGACCUUCAGCAGACGUAACACAGCAAGAUACUGAUAAAAUGUGAAGGAGGAGCUUCUUAUGAAGCUAAAUCCUCUCAUGUAUCUACUGAUUAAUUCAGCUUCGUUGAUGGCGCUUACUCAUGGUAGAUACUGUAAUGGUGUUCAAUUCAGGGAACAACCUUUUGAAGGACUUACAGACUAGCCAGUACAUCUUUAGCUAUUUAUUUAUUUAUUUCCAUUAACUGUAUGUGUGAGUAAGAGCGUGUGUGUGUUUUUUGCAGGCCUUUAAUGUACUUUAACAUCUUUCCAUCGCAGGUCAACACCUGUGCCUGUUCAGAAAGCUGCUAUAUUGUUUGGGUAGAAGUUUAGAGAUGACCUGCUGCAAGCUAGUGGUUCCAUCAGAGACCCUGGUUCAGGUCCCUGUAGUGCUCUGCAUGGUGUCCCAAAGAGGAUUUUAUGUCCACUUGGACAAAGAGAGAGUUCAGUGUAAAGACGUAUGUACGCACAUUUUAUUUCAAACAAAUACACUGCAAUAUUGACUGCUCACCUCAUAGAUAGGUUGUUCUGGUGGGGUGCGAAGUCGCCAGCUAAUAGAUGAAGGUGCACAUUGGAUAGAGCCUUAAUGUUAACACAGUGCUGUAAAACCUCACAUCAUUAGCACCUCCCCUCCCUUUGAAUGCAUUUUAUUGCCUCGGAGAGUAAAAGAGGAGCUCAGUGCUGCACUUUGAGGACUUCCACUUGUUGGCCAACUUCGCUUUUUUGUGCAAUAGUGCGCGCUUUAUUUAAAUGGCAGUGACUUGUGCUGACUUACACAGUGUCACAAUAUUUGUGCUGCGUAGAGAGGUUACACACAUCAGCCUGCUUUUGCUGCCGCAGGUAGAGGUGGUCAACUCUGGUUGUCCCGCAGAAGGACCAAAGCAAUGCUUACUGGUGCCUUGUGUAUUUUGAUUUUGAGAAAUGUGUUGGUCGCAUUUAGGAUGUUUGAUGCACCCGAUGGUUUGUGGUUGUCAGAGCGCCUUAAUUUUGACAGUUUUGGUUAAUAAUUUAGCAUUUAAUUUGCUCUUAUUCUGGUGGACAGCAGGCUGGUUCUGUACAUCCAGAAUGAAAGAUGAUUUCCGUGUCUGAUUUAGAAAACAUGACGCCCAGAACUCUGAAGUUCACAUGGUCCAAUAACCCUUUUUCAACCAGGAAGCUACCUACAUUCCUUUAAAAUAGUAUUACAGUUUGCCAAAUGUCAAGUGUGUUUAUGUCACUUACUUUUGUUUUUCAAAUGUUACAUUUCUCAUGUUGGAACUGUUCAUGUAAAAGAGACUUUACUAAAGUUAGAAGUAUGCGAGGCUGUGCUGUUUGCCUUUGAUACUGUACAAAUCAUUUAUUGGUCCCUAAUGAAAUAGGGAGAAAACAAUUAUGAGACUUGGAUCUAUUUUUGUAUAACAUGUUUUACUCACUGUCAGAGUCCCGCCAUCUGAAAAUUGAGAAGUUGAACUGUAACGACCUGAAUUUCAGCCAAUUAAAAUUCAAUUUCUCAACUUC